AUGUUGUUGCUUUCUUGUUUUCUUUUUUUUUCCUUCUUAUUCCUCCUCCAUUCCUCCCUCACAUUUACCUGUUCUUUUUUUUUGUUAUCGCCAACGUUAGAGGAACGAAGAGAGGGUGAAAAAAAAAAAAAGAAAACAAGAAAGGGGAUUGAAAGACCAAGUGAAAGGGUACUGUUGUGGUAUGGCUUUCUCUUUCUUGUUUCCUUUUUUUUUCUUUUUUUUUGGGGGGGUGGGUGCGUGUGCGUUCCUCCAACUCUCCUGAGUGAAUUUCUUUUGUUUCUUUUUUUCCCUCCCUUCCCUUUUCCCUUUUUUUCCUUUUUUUUCCUUUUUCCUUUGCAGUGCGGUGGGUUUCCUCCUUCUUCUUUUCAUUUUGUCAUUUAUUGUAUCUCCACUUGUAGUUUCUUUUUUUUUUUCUCCCUCUCUCAUUCUCCUCCUUCCUUUCCUCUUAUUUAA